CGACUUACACCUUGAUCCCAACAAUAUAUAUAACCAAUGGAAAGGGCAAAAGCGAUAAGAUAUAAACUACCUCCCUCAAAAACAAAAUAGCCAUGAACCACCAAACACUUCUACUAGUGGUUACCUUUGCAAGUGCAAGCAUUCUCAUCUUUAUUAUUAGAAAAGUUAAACAAACCCAAAAUUCCACCAAGCUUCCACCAGGGCCAAACCCAUUUCCCAUAAUUGGAAACAUCUUAGAACUUGGCAAAAACCCACACAAGGCACUCACAAAACUCUCAAAAACCUAUGGACCAAUCAUGACAUUAAAACUAGGAACAUUAACAACCAUAGUAAUCUCAUCACCACAACUAGCCAAACAAGUGUUACAAGAAAAUUCCCAAAUAUUCUCUAAUAGAGUAGUCUCGGAUGCAAUUUGUGCACUUGAUCAUCACAAAUUCUCAAUAGGAACACUUCCAACAUUAGCUUUGUGGAAGAAACUAAGGAAAAUUUGUGCUACACAAGUAUUUUCUACAAAAAUGCUUGACUCAACAAAAAUCCUUCGUCAACAAAAGUUGCAAGAAUUAUUAGAUUAUGUGAAUGAAAAAAGCAACAAAGGAGAGGUUUUUGAUAUUGGUGAGGCUGUUUUUAACACUGUUCUUAAUUCAAUUUCAAAUACUUUGUUCUCUAUUGAUUUGGCUCAUUCCACACCCGAUGAAAAGUCUCAAGAGUUUAAGAAAAUUAUUGGGAGUUUCAUGGAAGAAGCUGGUAAGCCUAAUGUUUCAGAUUUCUUUCCAAUUCUUCGUCCCUUUGAUCCACAAGGUGUGCAUGCAAAGAUGACCAGUUACAUGAAGAAGUUAUGUGAUAUUUUUGAUGGAAUUAUUGAAAAAAGAAUUAGUUCAAGAUCUUCCAAAGUUGAUUAUGUGGUGUGCAAUGAUGUGUUAGAUUCACUUCUUAACAACAACCAUGUUGGAGAAACCACUUUGGAAUUGACCCGCAAUGAGAUGGUGCAUCUGUUUCUGGAUUUAUUUUUUGCUGGGAUUGACACAACAUCAAACACGAUUGAAUGGACUAUGGCAGAGCUAUUACGUAACCCUGGCAAACUAGAUAAAGCAAGAAAAGAAUUAUGUCAAGUAAUGGGAAAAGAUGAAGCAAUAGAAGAAUCAAAUAUUUCCAAGUUACCUUACUUACAAGCAGUUGUGAAGGAAACCCUUCGAUUGCACCCACCAGCUCCAUUAUCGAUACCCCGCAAAUGUGAUGAAAAUGUGAACAUAUCAGGCUUCAAUGUGCCAAAAAAUGCACAAAUACUAGUCAAUUUAUGGGCCAUGGGAAGAGAUCCAACCAUAUGGGAAAAUUCAAAUAUGUUCAAGCCUGAAAGAUUUUUGGAAUGUGACAUUAAUUAUAAGGGUAAUAAUUUUGAGCUCAUACCUUUUGGGGCAGGUAAAAGAAUUUGUCCGGGAUUGCCAUUAGCUCAUAGGAAUGUGCACUUAAUUGUGGCAUCCCUUCUAUGCAACUUUGAUUGGAAACUUGCUGAUGGGCUAAAGCCAGAAGACAUGAAUAUGGACGAACAAUUUGGGCUAACCUUAAGGAGGAUUCAAACUCUUCGAGUUCAAGCUACUUCUUCAACAUAGGUGGAUAUGUUUUAAGAAUAAUUUUGAGUGUAAUUAAUAUUUGUUUGUCACCACCAUGGUUUAAAAUGUGGUUGAGGUUGCAGUUAUGGUGAAAACGUCUAUGUUGUAAUAAUGUGUAGACAAUUAUUGUCGAUGCAAUUGCGACUAUGGUUGCCGUAGUGUCGUUUCCAAAACCUCUAAAAAUGUUAAGAAAUUUGAUCGUCUCAUUUUUUUUUUCCUCCUCAA